UUAGGCCAUUACACCCACACCGCUCAAACCAUCACGCACACCAAGCACACCAUCCUACCUGCGGAUUUUACGCUUCUGCCCUUCCCCGUGCGUGCGUGCGAGCGAAAAGCUAUGAAGCUGGAAAUCAUGCCCAAGCAGAGGGCCCUGGAGGCGGAGCAGCGGGAGGAGGCCAUGGAGAUGAGCGGCCUCGAGCUCUGGAAGCACGAGAAGCCCCCCAAGAUCUUCCCCAUGCCGCCGCUGUCGCUGUCGGCGGCGGCAGGGGCCUGCGACGACGGCACGCUCGUGCCGCCGCUCAACUUCGCCAUGGUCGACGACGGCAUCUACCGCUCCGGCUUCCCGGCGGCCGCCAACUUCCGCUUCCUCAAGUCCCUCAACCUCCGCUCCAUCGUGUACCUGUGCCCGGAGCCGUACCCGGAGACGAACAAGGAGUUCCUCGCCAAGAGUGGAAUCAAGCUCUACCAGUUCGGAAUCGAGGGCCGCAAGGAACCAUUUGUUGAAAUACCCGACGAGAAAAUACGGGAAGCACUAAAAGUUGUCCUAGACAUAAGAAAUCAACCGCUCCUUAUUCACUGCAAGAGAGGCAAGCACCGAACUGGAUGCGUCGUUGGAUGCAUGAGGAAGUUGCACAAAUGGUGCCUAUCUUCGGUCUUUGACGAGUAUCAGCGCUUCGCCGCUGCGAAAGUGAGGAGCACUGAUCUAAGAUUCAUGGAACUGUUUGACGUCUCAAGCUUGAAGCAUCUGACCCCUUCACAUUGUUAACCAAAGGCGAGCUAUCGCUCGCCCCAGCCGUCCUCCCAGAUUCUUAGUAAAUCUCCAACCUGUCUUCCGGCGGUCACUGAACCGAUUCAGCAGUGAAUAAUUUUUGGAACCCUUAGAAUGAAUCCAUGAGAUAGUGAAUGAAGCCUUAGCAGAAACAAAGAUGAAGAAGAAGUUGCGAGCUCUAUUUUUUCCUGCUCAGGUCCCUGCAGAUCCUAAGAACCAGAAAGUUGUGGGGUGAGUGCCAGAGGUUUUCUCUUCUUUUUUGGUCACUCUUGCGAGCAAUUCACCAUUGUUUUGGGGUACUGAAUCUCUGUAGUCAAGCGGCAUUGCUAUGCAGAAAGCUUGGCUCUUUGCAUCAA